CAAGCAGAUUCAAGAUGGCUUCCCUAGCGUCAUCUCAAACGGAGCCGAAUACGAGCGAGUCUCCGGUCCCGGCUUCUAUGUUCUCCCCGGAGCCCGACGGAGAGGAUUCAGAUUGUAGUCUGGAUGGGGAGCCUCUGAGAAACGGAGAAGCCGAUAUUGAUGUGACUAGCAAAUUUGUUCUGGUAAGCCCUAGCGCAGAGCAAUAUGACAGCCUACUGCAUCAGUUGCGGGACCGGAUGGAUGAGGGCCGGGGGGAGACCAUCUAUGUUAUUGGACAAGGAUCUGAUGGUACAGAAUACGGACUCAAUGAGGCUGAUAUGGAAGCAUCGGUGGCCACUGUUACUAGUAUGGCAGAACAGAUUGUUGCUGACAUGAUUUUGCUGCGGGAGCAUCAGGAAGCUGGAGGCAAAGUACAAGACUACCUGGUGCGCAAGAGCGUGGGAGAUAAUGACUUCUUGGAAGUAAGAGUGGCAGUUGUUGGCAAUGUGGAUGCUGGAAAGAGUACACUUCUGGGAGUACUGACUCAUGGGGAACUGGACAAUGGACGUGGUUUUGCACGACAAAAGCUUUUCCGUCACAAGCACGAGAUUGAAUCCGGCCGCACCAGCAGUGUUGGUAAUGACAUCCUAGGGUUUGACAACCACGGACAAGUGGUCAAUAAACCAGACAACCAUGGAGGAAGCCUGGAGUGGACAAAGAUCUGUGAGAAAUCCUCUAAAAUAAUAACAUUCAUUGACCUGGCUGGACAUGAGAAGUACUUGAAGACAACUGUGUUUGGGAUGACAGGACAUCUCCCUGAUUUCUGCAUGCUCAUGGUUGGCAGUAACGCUGGUAUUGUUGGCAUGACCAAAGAACACCUUGGCCUUGCACUGGCACUUAAUGUCCCAGUCUUUGUAGUAGUGACCAAAAUAGAUAUGUGUCCGGCAAACAUAUUGCAAGAAACGUUGAAGUUGCUGCAGAGGCUGCUGAAGUCUCCUGGCUGUAGGAAAAUCCCAGUGUUGGUGCAGAACAAGGAUGAUGUGAUUGUAACUGCUUCAAACUUUAGCUCAGAGAGGAUGUGUCCAAUUUUCCAGAUCUCAAAUGUUACAGGGGAGAACUUGGAUCUCUUGAAAAUGUUUCUGAACCUGUUGUCGCCUCGCAGUAGCUCGCGGGAAGAGGAGCCUGCAGAAUUUCAGAUCGAUGACACCUACUCUGUACCUGGUGUCGGCACUGUAGUGUCAGGCACAACAUUGAGGGGGCUAAUAAAAUUAAAUGACCUAUUGCUGCUGGGGCCAGAUCCAUUAGGCAACUUUACUUCCAUUGCAGUGAAGUCCAUCCACCGCAAACGUAUGCCAGUUAAAGAGGUGCGAGGUGGCCAAACUGCAUCUUUUGCGCUAAAGAAGAUUAAACGCUCCACCAUCAGAAAGGGCAUGGUGAUGGUCUCCCCACGCCUUAAUCCACAAGCAUCUUGGGAGUUUGAAGCAGAGAUCUUGGUGCUUCACCACCCAACCACUAUCAGCCCUCGCUAUCAAGCAAUGGUACACUGUGGCAGCAUUCGGCAGACUGCAACAAUCCUAACCAUGAGCCGUGACUGCCUACGAACUGGGGACAAGGCCAUCGUGCACUUCCGCUUUAUAAAAACCCCUGAGUACUUGCACAUUGACCAGAGGCUUGUAUUCAGGGAGGGACGUACCAAAGCAGUGGGAACAAUUACCAAGUUGUUACAAAGUACAAACAACCUGCCCAUGAACUCCAAGCCGCCACAACAAGUCAAGAUGCAGUCCACAAAAAAAAGUCUGCACGGGAAGAAGGAUGAACAGAGCCCGGCUGCAGCGGUAACAGAGGAGGCUUCUCCUUCAGCUGCUGCCAUUGGGGUAACUGCAGGAGCCGGCGCUAUGCAAGCACAGCCUAAGACCGGAGGUGGUGGAAGACGCCGUGGAGGGCAGAGACAUAAAGUGAAAGCUCAGGGGGCAUGUACAGCAUCCACAGGUGGAUGUUGAACUUCACGUAACCCUCCAGCCCUUAUGAUAAGCUGUACAUGCCUCACUACAACAUAGUGGAGAGAAGCAACACACUCCCAUGUUCUUCAAACCAUCGUCCUUUUUUGUACCUGCUGCUUUGCCAUUUGUUCAUCUCUGUCUCAAAGUUGUUGUGAUCGUCAGACAGUGUUUUUAUCUUAUCUGGUUAUGAAUGGUCUUAAGGAUGUUCAAUGACACAAAGCACCAUCCCUGCAGAAUUGUACAGUUCACUCUGGAACUGGAAAUAUGAAUUGGAAGUGUGGAGAGAGCAAUCUCAUUCACUUAUAAGGUAACAGAGCUGUGCUCCCUCCAUCUGGUAGUCAAGCUUUUUGUUUUAUCUUUUUUUUUUUUUUUUUUAAAUGAUGGUCGAUCACUUUUUUGGUUAUGGCAAAGUCCUGUUUAUAAACCAAUUGGCAAAUAUUUUAUUUUUUGUGGAGGGGGGAUUGGUACACUUGGCUACCUGCCCUCUACCACCCCCAUAUAUUACAGUUUUAUUUUUUACUCCUGGAAAAACAAAUGUUUUUCUUAAAUUUAAUGAAGAAUGAUCAGAGAAAGUUGAGAUACCCUGUUUUAUGUUUUUUUAAUCUGCUGCAAUUAAUGGGUUCCAUAUCUGUGUGGAAAAGGUUCCUGUUGAUGUCAAACAAAACUGGGAAGACAUUUCAAAAAGAGGAUUGAGUUUUAUUAAAGUAACAGAAAAAAGUAAAUUGACAUUUAAAAAAAAAAAGUAAAUUGACAUUUUUAUUUGGGGGGAAAAAUACAUUUGUUUAGUAUUGCUGUUGGUUUUUAGUUCGGAUGUUUUCCUCUGACCUUCAUGUCGGAAUCCCAUGAUACCUUACGGAAGUUGUUUAAAGGCAAGUUAAUUUAAAGGUAAAAUUGGCUCUUUUAAAGGGGAACUAUUGCAAAAAUGAAAAUUUUAAUACAAGCUUCAGCAUACUGAAAUAAGAAACUUUUUUUCUAAAUACAAUCAAUUUAAAAAUUCUGUACAGUUUCUGAAAUAAUAAAGUUCCUUUCUCUGCUCACUCUAUUAAAAUCACCAGACAUCAUGUCUCUCUACAUGCAGAAUUAUUUUGUUUGUAUUGGAAUCUGUUAUUUGAGGGAGCUGUAAUUCAUCUGCUAAGAAAGGAAGCCCCCCCCCCAUAAGAUAUAUUGGAUCUAACUCUCAAUGAAUAUCUGACACCCAACUGCUGCAUGAAGACAGAAUGAAGAGAAACUGAUGCGGAGAGAGGCAUAGUAAAUAUAAACUUGAUCAUUUCAGAAAUGGUACCGAAUAUUUAUUUGAUUGUAUUUAGAAAUUUUCUUAUCCAAGUAUGCUGAAGCUUAUUCAAUUUCCAUUAUCGCAAUAGUUCCCAUUUAGAAUUCAAGGUUUCUUAAUAUUUAUGUUCAUUUAGCAAGAAAGUGUGAAUGUACUCAUUAUUGUACAGGACAUAUUUGUAUUUAUACACAUGGGUGUAAGUUCCAUUUUCUACCACCAUCCGCUAUGACCACUAGAUGGUGCUGUUAUGUUGCUGUUAUAGGUCUUUUAUAUUAAUACAGAUAUUGAUAUCUCAUUAAAGAAUCCUACACAUAAA